UCCACCCGGAAAUGAAUUGUUGGUGCUCGCAGUCGGGUGCCUUCAAUGGUCAAAUAAAUCUGUGCAUGAGUAGCAGUAGAAGAUAAUAAUUAGAAACCAUCGUAAAUGUUAUGUGUUGUCACCAGGUAGCUUUUUAUUUUAAAACCACCAUUGGAUGCGUAUAAUCUUAGUGGAUAACCUUUGGAGCUGCCAUGGCUGGUAAGGUAAAAUGGGUGACUGACAUAGAGAAAUCCGUUUUGAUCAAUAACUUCGAAAAGCGAGGAUGGGUGCAAGUGUCCGAAAACGAAGACUGGAACUUUUAUUGGAUGAGUGUACAGACCAUAAGGAAUGUCUUCAGUGUGGACACUGGUUACCGUCUGUCAGAUGAUCAGAUGGUCAACCACUUUCCCAACCAUUAUGAACUGACAAGGAAAGACUUAAUGGUCAAAAACAUAAAACGGUAUAGAAAGGAGCUGGAGAAAGAAGGGAGUCCAUUGGCAGAGAAGGAUGAAAAGGGCAAAUACCUCUACUUAGAUUUUGUGCCAGUAACCUUCAUGCUUCCUGCAGACUACAAUUUGUUUGUGGAGGAGUUUCGGAAAAACCCAUCCAGUACCUGGAUUAUGAAGCCAUGUGGGAAAGCUCAGGGCAAAGGAAUCUUUUUGAUCAACAAGCUUUCCCAGAUUAAGAAGUGGUCACGUGACAGCCGCACCUCCACGUUUCUGGCAGCCUCUAGUGGCAAAGAGGCAUAUGUCAUUUCUUUGUACAUUGAUAAUCCACUAUUGAUUGGAGGAAAGAAGUUUGAUCUUCGUCUCUAUGUGCUGGUGACCACAUACCGUCCCCUCAAGUGCUACAUGUACAAAUUGGGAUUUUGCCGGUUUUGCACAGUGAAAUACACACCCAGCACUAGUGAACUUGACAACAUGUUUGUGCACCUCACUAAUGUGGCCAUCCAGAAACAUGGGGAUGACUACAAUCACAUACAUGGUGGUAAGUGGACGGUCAAUAACCUUCGACUCUACUUGGAAAGCACACGGGGAAAGGAGGUGACCAACCAGCUGUUCGACCAGAUUCAAUGGAUUAUGGUACAGUCAUUGAAGGCUGUUGCACCUGUCAUGAACAAUGACAAGCACUGUUUUGAGUGCUACGGGUAUGACAUCAUCAUCGACGACAAGUUGAAACCUUGGCUUAUAGAGGUGAAUGCUUCUCCAUCACUGACCUCCAGCACUGCAAAUGAUCGGAUUUUGAAGUACAACCUUAUGAAUGACACUCUGAACAUUGUAACUCCCAAUGGAGAGAUGCCAGACUGUCGAUGGAAUCGAAGUCCACCCAAGGAGGCUCUUGGUUACUACCAAGUCCUGUACGAUGAGGAGCAGGCGCAAAGUGAAAGUAUGGAGCGAGACCUUAGGAGUCGUUCAGGACAGUCCCUGGGGUCCAAGGGCUCCAGAGGUUGUAGCCAGCGACAGGCACCAGCCACGUGGAAGUAAUUUAUGCAUGACAUCACACAAACACAGUUUCAGCCUGAAGAGGAUUCUGAAUCUGGGGUAUUCCGAAGAGCAGUGGGACCCGCCUGUCAUACAAUACAUUCAGUCCCCUCACUUGAUCUGCUGCAGAAUUAGACAAUACAGAUGGUUAUUCAUUGCAUCCUUGCAUGACACCACACACCAGCUGUUUUAGGAAAAGGGAGAUGUUUUGUAUUAGAAAAGGACCCUAUAUAGCAGAAGGAGCAUCACUUUCCUGCCUUUCACUCUGUCAUACCAGAGCAAAAUUCCCUUUGAUACAUAGAACAUCCAGCCACAGUUGAUGAAAUGGUAAAAAUGAGAAGCAUUUGGUCUGUGUGGGUAUAUCAAAUGUUCUUUUCUUUGGAGCAUUCCAGGUGCUUAGAUGCAUAUAGGUUGCGUAAGUAUACCAAAAACCUGGCUGAAUGCAUGUAAUACAGGCUCGUCUCAUAAUAAUGUGCUAUUUCUCUACCAAGCUGGAGAUAAAGAACUUUGUACCCCAGCUUAGAGUUUUGAAUGCCAAGAGAAAUCCCAGCUUGAAACCAAAACACAGGCUUCUACAACAAGUCGUCUUUACUACAUGUGAACAAGUUCCUGUUUUUACAAUGGAAAAUGUUACUUUAGCCAUGUGAUUUCUGUAUUUCAGUUUAAUAUGAAGGGAAGGGGCUCAGGGCUCCAGCAUGGGUUUUAAUCAGAGUUCAAACUGAAUGCACUAUUAAAUUCAAUUCAUAUAUUCUUGUGUAUAAUUAUUUGUAUGAAUAAUGUCCAAUCCAGUUACCUUAAAAUUCUGCAUUCCUAUUGUUAUGACAGUCUCCUUAAUGAAGUAUGAAGGGACCUGAUGGGAUUUUACACUCUAUUUAAAAGAUUUCUUACAUUUCAUGCUUAUUAUUUCCACCACGUGACAGCAGAUACAAAGCACCCAUUGUUUUAUUAAUGACACAUUGUUCAUGUUGAAGGCUGCAGGUUUUACAGUGAAGAAUAAAGAGCAGUUUUGGUCAAGACAUCCUGGCUGAAAUGGUUCAGUCACUCAGUAUUCCCUAUAUAGGGAAUUAGCAGUGAAAGAAGACACCAGUUUUGGACACUACAUUCCAAGAUGUUCUUUGCUGGUAUCCUGCCUAUGAUGGCUGACAUUUGUGAAAUGCAAAAUACAGUGACAUCAUAAAUUAAAGGAGAUAAAAAAGUGAA